AUGUCCCAUCAGCGGUCAGGCGGCGAAUCGAAGCAAGGAGCCGCCUGGGCACAAUCAAAAGAGUCGACAAACAGCAAACUCGAAUUGUUUGACGCCCGCGAAGGUCGUCUCCUGGUUGCUGCGGAAGCGAGGUCUGUACCACCCUGGAACUUUAAGCUAUCUCAAACUUUGGGGACGGCGGCAGCUCUCCGCUGCUGCAGGAGUCUUCUGCAAUCGGGCGGCCUCGACUCUUCGCCGGGAGAUCCCCCCGUUGAUGACGGCUUCAUUGUCACGAUUCAGAAGACGAUGCCUUGCCGACCGCACGAAUCACUGGGAGAUUGA